AGCGGAUGAUGGGCGAUCCCCCGUGUAAGAGUGAGGUGGAGGAGGACAUUCCAGUCCAUGUGACCACAGAAAAUCCCUGUGAGAAGCCUGAAGGAAACAUCAUGUUAUCUCUAGAUUAUAAAGAAGAUGAAGAAACCAUGCAGCGCUCUUCAGGAGAAAACUUCAUUACCUGUAAUGUACAUCCAGGACUUCACAGUGCAGAGCCAGCAAAUAAUUCCCCCAAGAAUGAGGAACUUUCUAAUGACCAAUCACAGAUUAACCCAAGUCCAAAUCUAUCAUAUAAUCAUCCUAAACAUGAGGAAUCUUCUCCUGACCAAUCACAGAUUAUUACUCCAAAUAUAAGGCAGAAACAGGGUAAAAGGUUUAAUUGUGAGGAACGUGGAAAACAGUUCAGAUAUAAGUCAGAGCUUUUUAUACACAGAAGUCACACAGGAGAGAAGCCAUAUUCAUGUUCAGAAUGUGGGAAAUGUUUUCCAUAUAAAUCAUUGCUUUUAAGACAUGAGAAAAUUCACACAGGAGAGAAGCCGUAUUCAUGUUCAGAAUGUGGGAAAUGUUUUAACAGGAAGUCAGGUCUUGAUCAACACAAAAGAAUUCACACAGGAGAGAAGCCAUAUUCUUGUUCAGAGUGUAGGAAAUGUUUUACCAAGAAUACAUAUCUUGAUAAUCAUAAAAGAAUUCACACAGGAGAGAAGCCAUAUUCAUGUUCAGAAUGUGGGAAAUGUUUUAACAAUAAGUCAAGUUUUGAUCAACACAAAAAACUUCACACAGGAGAGAAGCCAUAUUCUUGUUCAGAAUGUGAGAAAUGCUUUAAGCAGAAAUCAAGCCUUGAUCAACAUAAGAGAAUACACACAGGAGAGAAGCCAUUUUCAUGUUCAGAAUGUGGGAAAUGUUUCGCAAAAAAAAAAAGUCUUACUAUACAUCAACGAAUUCAUACAGGAGAGAAACCAUUUUCAUGUUCAGAAUGUGGUAAAUGCUUUGUCAGGAAAUCAAAUCUUAAUAAACAUAAGAUAAUUCAUACAAGAGAGAAGCUAUAUUCAUGUUCAGAGUGUGGUAAAUGUUUUACAGAUAAUUCAUAUCUGGUUGCACAUCAGAGAAUUCACACAGGGGAAAAGCCAUAUUCAUGUUCAGAAUGUGGGAAAUGUUUUAACCACAAAUCAAGUCUUAAUCAACACAAAAGAAUUCACACAGGAGAAAAGCCUUAUUCAUGUUCAGAAUGUGGAAAAUGUUUCACAGAAAAAAAAAGUCUUGCUAGACAUCAUCGAAAUCACACAGGAGAAAAACCAUUUUCAUGUUCAGAAUGUGGGAAAUGUUUCACAGAAAAAGGAAGUCUUACUAUACAUCAACGAAUUCACACAGGAGAAAAAGCAUUUUUAUGUUCAGAAUGUGGGAAAUGCUUUAACCAGAAAUCAACCCUUGAUCAACAUAAAAGAAUUCACACAGGAGAGAAGCCGUAUUCAUGUUCAGAAUGUGGGAAAUGUUUUGGACAUAAAUCAGACAUUUUAAAACAUGAGAGAAUUCACACAGGAGUGAAGCCGUAUUCAUGUUUGGAGUGUAGGAAAUGUUUUAUUAAGAAAUCACAUCUUGAGCACCAUAAAAGAAUUCACACAGGAGAGAAUCCAUAUUCAUGUUCAGAAUGUGGGAAAUGCUUUAACAACAAAUCAAGCCUUGAUCUACAUAAAAGAAUUCACACAGGAGAGAAGCCAUAUUCAUGUUCAGAAUGUGGGAAAUGCUUUAACCACAAAUCAAGCUUUGAUCUACAUAAAAAAAUUCACACAGGAGAGAAGCCAUAUUCGUGUUCAGAAUGUGGGAAAUGUUUCAUAGAAAAAAGAUGUCUUACUACACAUCUGAGAAUUCACACAGGAGAGAGACCAUUUUUAUGUUCAGAAUGUGGGAAAUGCUUUGUUAGAAAAUCAAAUCUUUAUCAGCACAAGAAAAUUCACACAGGAGAGAAGCCAUAUUCAUGUUCAGAGUGUGGUAAAUGUUUUACAGAUAAAUCAUGUCUGGUUGCACAUCAGAGAAUUCACACAGGAGAGAAGCCAUAUUCAUGUUCAGAAUGUGGGAGAUGCUUUAAUCAGAAAUCAAGCCUUGUUCAACAUAAAAGAAUUCACACAGGAGAGAAGCCAUAUUCAUGUUCAGAAUGUGGUAAAAGUUUCACAGAAAAAAGAAGUCUUACUACACAUCAGAGAAGUCACACAGGAGAGAAACCAUUUUCAUGUUCAGAAUGUGGGAACUGCUUUACCAAGAAAUUAAGUCUUGAUCUACAUAAGAGAAUCCACACAGGGGAGAAGACAUGUUGAUGUUUUGUGUAAGAAUAAUGUUUUACAAAGAAAUUAGUCUUUCAAACUUACAGACUUGUGUGUUCAUUUUACCUCAUUGUGCCAAUAUUGUAUGUGAAUAAGCAACAGAAGUCAUACUCACAAGUCGCUGGUAAAAAAAAACCACUUGUUUCUUUUAUUUCUUUUUACUUCAUUCCAAUAUAAAAUGGUAUAUCAUGAGGGACGCUGAGAAAGACAUCGUUCACACCUCACAUGACCCCUUACUCAUGCGUGCAGUUAGAGAAGGUGGGAUUUUUAUAGCACCAACAGCUGAUACUUAUAUACAAAAUACAUCGCCAUAAACAACCCUAACAUAUGAAAGUGAUCAAUCGUAUAAAUGCACUAAAGCUACAAAUUUCAUUUAACCCCUUAGGUAUUAAAGACUGGAGUUUCACUAUACAAAAGGUCUCCCUUUGUAACAAUUAACAAGCCUUUGAGACAAGGCAUGUAUUCUGUGUGGGUGGCUUCGCUAUGUGGAUGAUGUGUUCAUGCUAUGGAGGGGUGAUGAAUCUUACACAGUUUGUUACCCAUUUAAACGAGUGCCAUAAUACCAUCAAAUUUACGUUAUGAUGGAAAUGUUAUUCAUUUUUGGAU